AUGGCAUCCGCCUCGCCAGCACCCAUGGGCUCCACAGCCAUUAUUGACGCUCUCGGGACGACAUUCAAGGAUGCGAAUGGUGCUUCACUACCAAACGAGCGCAUCGCGCAGAUGCUUCUGGACAAUAUGCAUGAACUCGCCAAGCUUGCGAAUGCGGGCAAGAUUUCGAAUGCUCAGAUUGUCCAGUUGAAAGAGUUCGCGGAUAAACAUGCAGUGAAGUCUCCCGCCGCAAAGACCGCGGCGGCAACACCAAACGCCCAGAACGCUGCUUUGAAAUACACGUCGACGCCCGCACCUCUUCUUUCCUCCAGCCCCUCGACAUCAGCGCACACCUUUCCUAUCAGUUCCCAGCUCAGCUCCACGAACCCUGGCGUCGUACCGUGGAAUCGGACCACCGAUGGGAGGCCAACUCUGACUGGUGGCUCAGCUUCGGGCCGCGUUACCGGUACACCCGCGUUGACAAGACCGGGAACGGACGACAUGUACGUCGCUGAGGAGUCGACGGGACGAAGGAAAUCGACACCUGGAGAUCAGAGCAUGCGCCGCUCUAUUCAAGAUCUCGUCUCGAGUAUCGACCCGAAUGUCAAGAUUGAUGCGGAGGUUGAAGACCUGCUUCUUGAGAUUGCAGACGAGUUCAUCGACUCCGUCGCCAAUUUCGCCUGCAGACUGGCCAAGCACCGCGGCGGGGAUACGCUCGACAUCAAGGACCUACAACUGCACCUUGAACGCAACCACAACAUCCGUAUACCUGGCUUCUCCUCCGACGAGACUCGCAUCCAGCUAUCUCAAACCGGACUGGCGAAUCCGGGCGGUGGCACGAACAAGAAGGGUGGCGCGCAGACCCAGCAGACAACCCUUCGCACGCAUCGUCUGGCGCAGGUGCAACAGGCCAAGCGCGAGGGGAAGCUGGUGUAA